AUGACAAUCUUCCCAAACUCUUGCUUCCUCAGAUGUCUACUCACCCUCAUUUUCCUCCAGCUUCCCAAGCUGGAUUCAGCUCACUUUGAUGUGAUUGGACCCCCGGAGCCCAUCCUGGCUCUCGUGGGUGAAGACAUCGACCUGCCCUGUCACCUCUCCCCAAAUGUGAGCGCUGAGCACAUGGAGCUGCGGUGGUUCCGAAAGAAGAUCUCACCUGCGGUGCUCGUGCAUCGGGACGGCCGACAGCUGGACAGAGAGCAGAUGCUUGAGUACCAAGGGAGAGCCACACUGGUGAAGGACAACAUCACUGCAGGGCAUGUGGCUGUGAGGAUCCAUGGGGUCAGGGUCUCUGAUGAUGGGGAAUACUGGUGCUUUUUCAGGGAAAACGAAAACUAUGAAGAGGCCAAGGUACAGCUCAACGUGGCUGCACUGGGCUCUGAUCCUCACAUCCAUAUGGAAAUUCAAGAGAGUGGUGAGAUCCGGCUGGAGUGCUCCUCAAUUGGAUGGUACCCAGAACCCCAGGUGCAGUGGAGAACUUCCAAGGGACAAAAAUUUCCAUUCACAUCAGAGUCCAGCACUCCCGAUGAGGAAGGUCUGUUCACCGUGACAGCAUCACUGAUUAUCAGAGAUAACUCCUUGGGGAAUGUGUCUUGCUGCAUCCAGAACCUCCUUCUUGGCCAAGAGAAGGAAAUAGGAAUUUCCAUACCAGCUUCCUUCUUUCCAAGACUGACUCCCUGGAUGGUGGGUGUGGCUGUUAUUGUGAUGGUUCUAGGACUUCUCACCAUUGGGUCCAUAUUUUUCACUUGGAGACUACACAGGGAAAGAGCCAGAGAAAAGAAGAAUGAAUUCAACCCUAAAGAGAAACUACUGGAAGAGCUCAAAUGGAAAAAGGCUACAUUGCAUGCAGUGGAUGUGACCCUGGAUCCAGAUACAGCCCAUCCCCAUCUCUUUGUAUAUGAAGAUUCAAAAUCUGUCCGACUAGAAGAUUCACGGCAGAAACUGCCUGAAAAACCAGAGAGAUUUGACUCCUGGCCCUGUGUGUUAGGUCGUGAGGCCUUCACCUCAGGAAGACAUUACUGGGAAGUAGAGGUGGGAGACAGGACUGACUGGGCAGUUGGAGUGUGUCGGGAGAAUGUGAUGAAGAAAGGAUUUGACCCUAUGAUUCCUGAAAAUGGGUUCUGGGCCAUGGAGUUGUAUGGAAAUGGGUACUGGGCCCUCACCCCAAUUCGGACCCCUCUCCCAUUGGCAAGAGCCCCCCACCGGGUUGGGAUUUUCCUGGACUAUGAAUUAGGAGACAUCUCCUUCUACAAUAUGUCUGAUGGAUCCCUUAUCUAUACUUUCUCCAAAGUCUCUUUCUCUGGCCCGCUUCGGCCCUUCUUCUGCCUAUGGUCCUGUGGUAAGAAGCCCCUGACCAUUUGCCUAAUCACUGAUGGACCUGAGGAGGUCACAGUAGUUGCUGGUGCCCAGGAUCUUUCUAGGGAGAUUCCACUGUCACCCAUUGGGGAGGACUCUGUGCCUGGGGAUGCAGACACCCUCCAUUCUAAACUGAUCCCUACUCAACCCGGCCAAGGGACACCUUAA